AUGUCUUCUCAAUCCAACACUACCUCACCAAGCGAUCUGCCACGCUAUUCUACCACUGCACCACCGCCAUACUCAUCUUCCGAUGCGAACUCUCUAGUCUCAACGAAAUCAACGUCGAAAAGUAUUCUGGCAAAGUUGCUGAACCGAAAGCCUGCUGAAGCGACGUCGCAGUCGAGCAACGAAGCACAAAAGAAAGUGGAUGAGUCUGAGAACAGAGCUGCUGCGAGAGCGGCGUACUUCUCCGGGCUCUGA